AUGGCUGCCACUUCUAGCAACAACAGUGCCUACAACGCGGACAGCCGCCAGUCUAUGCCAAGGACUGCAGAGGAGGAAGUAGCUGUCCUGUCGCUUUGCGACUUCUGGAUCCAGACGUGGCAGGAGCACGAUGCCGCCUUGGCCUUGCAACAGAUGCGCAUCAAGGGUGCAUAUCUACAGAUUACCAAGGGCUGGAACUACGUGCUUACAGUAGGGGGAGUGGAAGGGGGCCUGUCAGACGACACCAAGAUUGAGGCCGAGGAGUUCAGAGCGGCGUUGGACAACUGGCAGCCAUCGAAGUGGCUGAACCCAAGGGCCUCCUCCUCGCACAGACCGACUAGGAGAGUCAUUGGCAAGGCCGAGGCACAAUGUCCUGCGACCAGCACCUACAGAGGCAACAGAGGAAACAAACUGCCGCGUCUAUCCGGUCUUGCAAGGUCGACAAGGUCCGCCAGCGUCAACAAGGACGGUGCGACCCCGACCGUAAAGAGUAGAGUGGCAAAGGCGACCCUCUGCAGGCAAGUGUUCCAGAUGACCCUGAGGCCCUCCAACAAGAUCAAGUCUGCUCGGAUACGUGCGCUCCUCUGUGAGACCAGGACAGGCAUGGAAGGGAGUAAUGAAGGGAGUGGAUAUUCUUCACCAUGA